AUGACCGCGUCCGAGGAGGCGCCAGCCAGUCCUAUCUCUCCGUCGAGAGUCCUGAACAUGCCCGUUUCCACGGCCACCUGGACACGACUGCCCUUGGUGGCGCAGGAGUACGAGGGCAUCAUCGUUUCCAUCAGAGGACCAGACAGGGCAGACGGGAAGAAGUAUGUCCUGACGCUCAAGAAUGAGAUUCUGCCUCCUAGGGACGAUGGCCGUGAACAGAGCACAGUGAGCUGGGAGGCUGAUUUUGUGGCCAAGAAGCCUGGGGAUGUGAAGCUGAGAUGGGCUGAUUUCAAGGCCACCUACAGAGGGAGGGAAAAGAAGGAUGCUGGGGAGUUGGAUUUGAAGCAAGAAGGCGACUUUGAGCUACACCUCUUCGCCAUCUCGGCAUUUAAACACGUCCCAUAUGCGACGGAGAAGAAUCACGAUGACGAAGAGGAUGAUUUAAAAGCUGUAACUCCAGCAUCAGAGAAAGAUGCAGGCAAUAAGACAGGGUGGAGGAGCUUGCUCUGUGGACUGGUGUAG